AUGCUGCUGAGCGUGGGGCAGGAGGUGGUCGCCGUCGUGGAGGAGAACCGGGUGUCCAACGGCCUCAAAGCCCUCAGGGUGGAAGCCGUCUCUGAUAAAUGGGAAGAUGACAGUAAAAACCAUGGCAAGGGACUGUUGAACUAUGGCCCUCGAGUGUUGAUUGGCUGCGUGACAUCAUUGUUGGAAGGUGCUGGCUACAUCAGUCAGAGUACAUACUUCUCUAUGGAGAGUGUCUGUGAAGGAUUUAAGCCCUGUAAAGGAGACUGGGUGGAGGCCGAGUACUAUAUAAGGCCAGGCUCAAGGAACAGCGAGGCCGUGUCAGUGAAGCCACUGAGGUACAAGCGCGUGGACAGGGUCACCAUUUCCAGCCUCUGUGGCAGAAAUGGGGUGCUGGAUGACAGUAUCUUCUUCACGUUGGAUUCCCUGACGCUUCCUAAAGACUAUGUGCCACAUCGGGCUGAUGUGGUGAAUGCCGUGGUGGUGGAGAGCAGCCAGUCCUGCUACAUGUGGAGAGCUCUGUGCCUGGACCCGCUGAAGAGGCAAGGUGGCAAGGAUAGUACUGCUCUGGGAGGAAGUGACCCUGGACAUGCAUAUAAGAGUCACGCUAAGAAACCCAAAUUUGGGCCUCAUGCCACCACUGUCGAGAGCAGGUCACCCUGGACUAACUAUGUGUUUGGCUCUAUACCAGAUGAGUGUCUGUGUCCAGGAGAGAGUGCAGCAGAAGGAAGAGAGCAUGCAGCAGAGCAGCAGCAGCAAGCAACAGAGGACGAGCCUGUGGGGCUCAUCCCACCAGGUGGAAAGACCUUGGUUGUGGUUAUGUGUGAGGCAAAGAAUCCUGGCCGAUGCAAGGAGCUGUUCCUCUUUUGCUUCUCCAAAUUCAUCAUUGGGCGCUUCCUGGAGGUGAACGUCGUGAGUGGGGAAGAGGCGCUGAUUGCUAUCCGAGAACCAUUUUCCUGGAAGAAGUCAAGAAUUUCCAAAACUGCACCAGCCACAAAAACGACUAUUGUGGGGACCACACAGAAAAGGAACUCGAGACGACAGCUUCCAAGUUUCCUUCCACAGUACCCAAUACCUGAUCGACUUAAAAAUUGUGUGGAGCAGAAAAUUGAUAUUCUGACCUUCCAGCCAUUACUGGCAGAGCUCUUGAAUGUGACCAACUACAAAGAGAAGUUUUCAACUUUGCUGUGGCUCGAGGAGAUUCAUGCAGAAAUUGAACUGAAGGAAUAUAAUAUGAGUGGGGUCAUCUUGAAGAAAAAUGGGGGUUUUCUGGUUCUGGAGGUCCCAGGAUUGGCUGAGAGUCGACCUUCUCUGUACUCGGGUGAUAAACUGAUUUUGAAAACUCAAGAGUACAACGGGCAUGUCAUCGAGUACAUUGGCUGUGUGAACGAGAUAAAUGAAGAAGAAGUAACUCUCAAAGUUAAUGCAGAAUUUGCACAGGCGUAUAACUUUGAACCUAUGGAUGUGGAAUUCACCUAUAACAGGACCACAAGCAGACGGUGUCACUUUGCGCUUGAACAAGUCAUCCACUUAGGUGUAAAAGUGUUGUUUCCAGAUGAGAUCAUUUUGCAGCCUCCCCAAGUGACAGGGACUUGGAGCCUUGUUCAGGACACCAAAAGCGAUGGACAGUCCACCACAAAGACUAGGAAAGCGGUGAAGGACCAGACUAAACCUGCAGCAAAGGAGAGGCGGGCGGGUGCCCAGGAUGUGCCGGGGUUCAGUAAUCUGGUCCAUGAAGCACCGAUCCCAAAGGCCCAAGACAAGGAAUUCUUCAAUCCUGUGCUCAAUGAGAACCAGAAGUUGGCAGUGAGAAGAAUACUGAGUGGGGACUGCCGCCCACUUCCAUAUAUACUUUUUGGACCUCCUGGAACAGGGAAGACAGUAACCAUCAUAGAGGCGGUGUUACAGGUGCACUCUGCUGUGCCCGACAGCCGGGUUCUGGUCUGCGCGCCGUCCAAUAGUGCUGCAGAUCUCCUGUGUUUGCGGCUGCACGAGAGCCAGGUGAUGAGGCCAGGCUCCAUGGUCCGAGUGAACGCCACCUGCAGGUUUGAGGAGACAAUCAUCGAAGAUAUCAAGCCAUAUUGCAAAGACGGAGAGGACAUCUGGAAAGCCUACCGCUUCAGGGUCAUCAUCACCACCUGCAGCAGCGCGGGCCUCUUCUACCAGAUCGGCGUUAGAGUCGGACAUUUCACGCACGUGUUUGUGGAUGAAGCAGGACAGGCAAGCGAGCCCGAGUGCCUCAUCCCCUUGGGUCUGAUCUCGGAAGUCAAUGGCCAGAUCAUUCUUGCUGGGGACCCCAUGCAGCUGGGCCCUGUCAUUAAGUCCAGACUCGCCAUGGCCUAUGGGCUGAAUGUCUCCAUGUUGGAGAGGUUGAUGAAACGGCCAGUGUACCUGAGAGAUGAGGACGCUUUUGGAGCUUCUGGUGCCUACAACCCACUGCUGGUGACGAAGCUGGUGAAGAACUACCGGUCCCAUUCGGCUCUGUUGGCCCUGCCAUCACGCCUCUUCUACCACCGGGAACUCCAGGUCUGCGCGGACCCCACUGUAGUGACUGCCCUGCUUGGCUGGGAGAAGCUACCCAGGAAAGGCUUCCCACUUGUCUUCCACGGUGUGAGGGGUACCGAGGCCCGGGAAGGGAAAAGCCCCUCCUGGUUCAAUGCUGCCGAAGCGGUUCAGGUCAUGCGCUACUGCUGCCUGCUGGUCAAGGGCCUCUCCAGCCAAGUGUCGUCCAGCAAAAUUGGCAUCAUCACGCCCUACCGGAAGCAGGUGGAGAAAAUCAGAAUUCUUUUGCGAAAUGUGGACCUGAUGGACAUAAAGGUCGGCUCCGUAGAAGAGUUCCAGGGCCAGGAGUAUUUGGUCAUCAUCAUCUCCACUGUACGCUCAAAUGAAGAUCGAUUUGAAGAUGACAGAUACUUUUUGGGUUUCUUGUCCAACUCGAAGAGAUUCAAUGUUGCCAUCACCAGACCCAAAGCCUUGCUGAUUGUGCUAGGAAACCCCCACGUCCUAGUCAGAGACCCCUGCUUUGGGGCACUGCUGGAGUACAGCAUCACGAAUGGCGCUUACAUUGGCUGCAACUUGCCUCCGGAGCUGCAGACCCUGCAGAACUCCGACUAGUCCUGUGUGCUGUCCCUCACUGCUCUAGGACUGGAGAGGUGCCAUCCAGAGGCCUGUUGGUGAGGGUCACUCACUCUGACCCCU